AUGAAACAAAAAGAACAGUUGAAGAACAAUCUGAAUGAUGAUUUUGAAAAGAAUACCAGUAACCAAGACAAACCAUAUGACCUAAGAGAAACUUCAUACGAUUUAGAUAAUUUUCAAAGUUCAUAUAUGGUAACUGACCAAUCAAGCCAGAGUUCAAUUUUCUCAAGUCAGAAUACAAUUUCCUCAAGUCAGAACACAGCAAGUACAAUAGAAGACUAUAAUAGAGAACACUAUGUCGAUCUUUUGAAUAAUUAUUUGAACUCCAGAAAGGUAUCAGCAAUUAGUUUGCCAAUUCAGAGAUGGAAGGACAGCAGUAAGAGGACAAAGAGAAGAUAUCAGGGUUUGUUUAAGGAAUGCUUCUACACCAUAAUUGACACAUUUUUCCCAGGGGAAUAUGAUGAUAUAUUUAACAAUAUAUGUGAAGAUGAUGAACACCAGGAUGAGGAUGAUAAUGGUAAUAGUAAAUUGAUAACCGCUCUUGUUGAAUCCUAUGAAAAUUCUUCUGCCUGGCAAGUAAGGAGACAAGUUUUAUCUGUUCUGGCAAUAAAACUCAGCUUUAGACAGCUUAUCAAUUACUUACCAGGAUUGACUGAAUAUAGAUACUAUGUUGCACAGAAACAUAGCAUAUUAUACGGUUGUGCAAUACCACCAAGUGAAACAUGUAAAACUAGAAAUAAAAUGGAUCAGGAAAAGCUUUCCAAUUUCUUGGAUUUUAUUACUUCAAGUCACAUCAUCAAGGAUCUGCCAUUUGGAGAAAGACAUCUGAAGUUAUCAUCAGGGGAAGUUAUGGAUGCACCUAAUAUAAUAAGAUGCAUGGGACCUGCAGCCAUUAUUCAACAGUACCAGGCAUAUUGUGAGGAGAAUGAGAUCGGUUUACUAGGUAGCAGCACAAUGUUUAGGAUACUUUCAGAAUGUUCAGCUACUGUCAGAAAGUCACUGGAGGGACUAGACUACUUUGUUGCUGAAGGAAGCAGGGGAUUUCAGGAUCUUCAAGAUAUUGUUGUGUCAGAAGGAUACCCAGAAACAUCAAAUGGGACUGAAUUGAACAGACUGUUGUUAGAAGCAAAACGAUAUAUGAAAACAGAUUACAAGGUUCAUGUGUCAGAGGAGAAUGAGGUAGCUGACCAUUGUAGAAAAUUUGCUUUAUCAAGUACAAAAGAGGAACACUUCAAGGAUAAAUGCAACCAUGAUCACAAUAAGGUUUGUGAAUCUUGUGAGCAGCUGAAGGAAUUAUUACAUGGAAUUUUGAAAGAGGUAGAAAUAGCUAAUUUUACAGAUCAACAGACAAAAGAUGAUAUUGUAUAUAGAGCUCAGCAAGCAGUAGAGAGCAUUUUCCUUUGGAAGAGUCAUAUCUUAAGAGCAAGAAACCAAGAAGCUGCAAAAUCAUUUCUUUUCAAUUCAAUGAAAGAAGAUGAAGUUUUUGUUGUAUUUGAUUGGGCCAUGAAGUAUCUACCUCGCAAAUACAGAGAAGAUCAACUUGAUUGGUUUGGAAAACGAGGUAUAUCAUGGCAUAUAUCUGUUUGCUUCCGAAGAAAUGCAGAAGAGUUACAAUCUUUGACCUUUGUUCACAUAUUCGAUUCACAGAUUUCACAGGACUCAAAAACAACAUCAGCAACAAUUUGUGAUGUUCUUAACAAUGUUUUAAAAAACAAUCCAGAGGUCAAAUCUGUACACCUAUGGUCAGAUAACGCUGCGUGUUAUAAAUGUGCUGAUACUAUAAUCAACAUCAACAACAACCAGCCUUCAAAGGGACAUAUUGUAUCAUAUAACUUCUGUGAAGCCCAAGAUGGGAAAGGGGCCUGUGAUAGAGCAGCUGCUACAUUCAAGAGUGGAAUUAAGAGAUAUGUUAACCAAGGGAAUGAUGUUGUGAAUGCUAAGCAGAUAAAAACAGCCAUUGAAAGAACUAAGAAAAAUGUUAAAUGUCUUAUUAAAGUUGUGAAGAUCCAAACCAGAGACACUGCUACGAAGAACCAAGCUUCUAUACCUGGCAUAACAUCAUACAACAACUUUGUGUUUGAAAAUGGAGGACUUAGAGUUUGGAAAGCAUAUGGUAUAGGGCCAGGUCUGCUUAUUCCGUGGACUACAAUAGUAAAGACCAGCCAGUAUGCUCUAUGUCCAUUGUUGAUUGAGGAGGAAAGUCGCAUUGAAGAUUUAUUAUCCUUUGGAUGUGUAAAAAAAAUAAAAAAUGAGGAAAACAAUGAGGAGAGUUUAUUCACAUGUCCUACAGAUGGAUGUAUGAAAAGUUUUUCAAGAUACAAAGAUCUGGAAUUGCAUCUUCACGUGAAUAACUGCACUUUGGUUCCAGAAAAACAAUGCAGGAUAGAUUUAACCAAAACACUCUAUGUUGAAAAAUUAAAAACCAGUGAGACCCGACCUGUUGUUAAAUUUUCUGACACAGUUCAGAGCUCUGGUGAAACAGACUUAGAUGAAGGAUGGGCUUUGCGGAAACAACGUAAAACCACUCGCUUCAACAAUACGCAAAAGAAAUUUCUUGAUGAGAAGUUUAAACAGGGAACCAUAACAGGAAACAAAGCUGAUCCUACUGAAGUCGCUAAUGAAAUGAGACAUAAAAAACUAUCAAAUGGAGACAGAAUGUUUGAAAUUAGUGAAUUCCUUUCUUCUCAACAAAUAAAUAGCUACUUUUCUAGGACAUUCAGGAACUUAAAAAGCAGUUCAGAUCAGGAUCAACAAGCAGCAGCUCAGUUUGAACAAAAUCUUACAAAUUUAAAUACAUCAGUCUUGUCUAAGCUGUCUGCAACCAAUUAAGGGCAUAUAAUACAGAUACAAAUUUUGUAGAUUUAGUUCUUUAUAAUUUUGACACAACUUUUCUUUAAGAUUUGAAAUCUAAAUAUGCGUAUGAAAGAAUACCUUCAUGACUAACUUUCUUAAGAUAUUACCAUUUGAUUUUGAAUGUGUGAGGUUAAAAGGUAAAGAAAAUCAUACUUCAAAUCUUUGAUGAAAAACAAAAUCAAAUAAUUCAAAGAAAAGAAAAAAGUUCAUUCAGUAUUUGGUACAUAAAGAGUUGAGUAUUAUUUAAAGAAAAUUUCAAAGUUAAAAGAUACCCUUUAGUUAUAAAUUUUUUUUUGUACUUUGCAAUGUGUAAUAAUUACUCUUGCUGCUGUAUUAUUUGCCCAUACAUCAUUUACAUUAGGUGCAAAUAUAUGAGCAAAUUAUUGUUUCCCAAAUUAUAUGUAAAUUUGUAUAUAUAUACAUCUGAAACCAUUUAUUGUCUCCUAUGUUGUCAUUUGACAUGAAUUUCAUCUGUCAUGUGUCUGCUUGCCGUUUGACAUUUUGAUAUCUUUUUAUGAAACCUUUAUGUACACAGAAUGAAAUCCACAAGGCUACAUCAAUUUUUUUUUUUUACAAUUUAUUUUUUCUGGAAAAGGGGUUGGGGGUGGCUAUUGAUUUGUUCUGGUUUAUUUCAAUUGAUUUCUUUUUAAUGUAUUGAAUAUUAUUGAAACAUGAAAAGAGAUAUCCUCACUUUGUCAGUAUAUUUUGCUAAUCUUAAUUGCACUUAAAUAUCCCUUCUAUCUGUAUAAACUUAAAUUUGACAACAUUUCAUUUAAAACCAUACGUUUUGAUUGUUCCAUUAAGUAUUUGCAAUAAAGAGGGGGAAAUUUUAGUUAUCAAAUACUAAUUAAGGCAAUGGAAUAAACAAGCAAAUGUUAAUAGAAAGAAAAAGUUAUUCAUUUAAUGAUUAUUUAGAUCCAAGAUUGGUUUUUUUCUUAAAAAAAUCGUGGUUUUUGAGGUAAAGCAUACACAAAAGUUUGUAUUGCGUCCGUUGUUGGUUAAACUAGUUCUCCUCAGAAAAGCAGAUAUACAUGUAUGUUUGUCUUGUUUUUCUAUGUAUUACUGUUAUUUUUCAAAUAAUGCUAAUUAAAUAUUACAUAUUUUCACAAAAAUAAGACACAUUUUAGCUUAUGACUUUUAUAUCCUACAAUAUAAAAAAAAAUCAAUGCAUGAAGUUUUAUACUAAAUGACCUUGAAUUAAAGACAAUGACCUUGAAAUAUUGUUUUUUAUAAAUUGCUUUCAUUCAUUCUAAUUGCAUAAUGUUUUACACUGCAUAUGUUUCACAAGUUAUAAUAGUAUGCAUGUCGAUGCUUACAGUAAAUAAAGACAAUAUAUGGGGUAUGAGUGAUUAAAUUGACUGAAUUUUCUCACAUUUCAUGAAAAAUUCAUUUUUUUCAAAUUUUUGUAAAAAAAAAUCAGUAAAUUUACUCAUUCUAAAUUUUUAACAUAUAAUUGUUGAAUAUCUUAAUUUUUACUGGGUUAUUAACAAUUUGGCUGGAAAAAUCGCGAAAAUGUUUUUUUUUGAAUUUGAAAAUGUGUUAUUUUUGGAAUUUGGAGGUUCUUUAUACUAUUGGAAAAUAUGCAAACUUCACUGAAUAAUUUCCCAUGUUUAGCUUUCCAUAUUUCUUGUUGUUUUUGCAUGUAAGGGUAGACCUUAUCAUAUUCUUUUCAUGUGCAAACAGUAUAUUAAUAUUUCAGAUCAAUAAAAUAUGAUAAUUUCAUCACAAAAAUACCAGUUUUUCACUUUUUUUACCAUUUCUAAGCAAGUUAA